UUCCUGGCCGCGGCCCCGGCCCUCCCCCGGCAGCGCUCCGCCGCCUUCCGCCCGGGGCGGGGCCGGGCCGGGCCUGAGGGCUCCCGGUGCCCCCCACAGCCCCCCAGGGACCGGUGGGCCCCGCCGCGGGGGAGCGGGGAGGAGGCGGUGGACGUUGAAGGGAGGCGGAGGCCGGCGCGGCUCCGCCCGGCGAGGCGGGGCCGGGGCCGCCAUGGCGGAGUGGGGCCGAGGUCAGAGUCCGGGAGCCGUGGAGGAUGUGCUGGACGUGGAGAACAAGCGGAUGGCGGACAGCCUGGCCAGCAAGGUCACCAGGCUGAAGUCGCUGGCUCUGGAUAUCGACAAAGAUGCUGAGGAGCAGAACCGAUACCUGGACGGCAUGGACUCCGACUUCAUGAGCGUGACGGGCCUGCUGACGGGCAGCGUGAAGCGCUUCUCCACCAUGACGCGCUCCGGGAGGGAUAACCGCAAGUUGCUCUGCUCUGUUUCCGUGGGACUGAUUGUCAUUUUCUUCAUCCUCUACUAUCUGGUGUCCAAAGCAGGGACUUGAGCUUGUUGUUCUGUGAGUUUUACCGAACAACACCCACGACAAUUGACAGACUCGUUCACGGCCUCUCUCCCUGUGGUGGAGUCUGAGACAUUCCAGACAGACCUUCCAAGAACUCUCCUUUCCACCAGCUUCUUGUCUUUGUUCUGGGUGGUCUCAGAUGUUGCUUUAUAAAAUUAUUAUCUUUGAUUCUAAACAGAUUUCCACAUAUAACACAAUGUUGAUGCUGUUAAAUGCUUACACCUUUCUCUCUUGCCUGGUUGUCUGUGUCUUGCGGCCUAUUUUUAAGGGCCACUCUUGCGUUGCCUCCCUGACUGACACUGGGUACUGGGCCCUUGAGGAGAUGUGGCUGACAGAUCCAGAGACUCUGACACUCAAAAGUUUAAUAACUUGGCCGCGCUGUGGAAGCCGUAGAGCUCAGGAUGCCGGUUUAUGGCAGUGUGAAGGUGUGACUUACCUUCCAGAGUGGCCACUCGGCUGAACCCGGCACUCAGUGUCCUGUUUUCAGACUUGGAAACCGUUUGGUGUCCUUGAUGUCCCUGGGCUGAGAUGAAAUCUGUACAGCUUUGGAGGGAAAUUAGCAGUAGAUCUGGACCCUGGUACUGUAAUUGUCACAGUGAAGAGUUGCAGAGGAGCAAAACUUUGUGUAGAUGUUGGCUUGAUCUUAUUUAUCAUCCUUCUGGGUGAGGCUGGGGAUGAACCUGUGAGAAAGGAGGGCCAGAGGCCAUGAGCCACCUUGAUUUACACACGUAUUUUCCAGAACCUUCCCAUGAACUUGCAGAUGCACUCCCUGAGACUGUUAAAUCAGAGUAAAGAAAAUCUAUUGGCAAAAGGUCCGGUUAAUUUCAGUGAUUAUGGCACCGGGCCAUAGAGCAUUUUGGGAAGAUGUUGUACAAACAAACACAGAGGCUGGAAUCCAGUGAGACUCCCAGACAGGGAGGUCUGGGGUGGAGGUGGGAGGUCAAGGAGGGAUUCAAUCAGAGUGUUGAUCUGUUUAUUUAUUUAUUCAUGUAAAAAGCCUUGCUCUGCCUAUCAUAGUGCUUUGGGGGUCCCUGCCUGCAGUGCUGCUGUGAGAUGUGGGGCAAGGUACAUCCCUCCUGCUUCUGUUCCCAAAGCAGCCGUUCCUGGAUUUCCCCUCCCGAGGGGGAGCUCUGGGAGCCCCAUCUCCCCUCCACCCUCCUCGCUGGGCUCAUCCCCAGUGCUCGCUGUGUUCCCCCAGAGCUCAGUUAUUUAACUCUGCCCAUGAUUGAAGAGAUCUGUAACUGUAAAAAUACUCUGCCUGCUGGGAGAAAGAAAAAAAAAAAUUUAAAAUAAAAUGCUCUUUCUCUCUUCAGCCAAACCUCCACUGCCUGUCGUUUAAACCCUUCGCUGUCCAAAGCAGUGGAGCAGAGCUGCUGCUUCAUCUGUUUUCUGCACCAACCACUGUUGUGUUCUGGUUUUCCUUCCUGGAAGUCUUUGCUUAUUUGCUUUUCUUGCCUUCCUGUGACACCCACCUCUGCAGGACUAAAGCUUCCCCCUCGGAUUUUACAGCGCUCUCCUCCAGCCAGUGUUUCUCAAUGGCUGGAUGGUUCCUUUGGCCCUUAUACCCAUCAGGAAUUCCUUUGGCCUUGUACAAUCCCGGUUCUACAUCUGUAAAUGGGCUGUUGUCCUUUGUUCCAGCUGUACCAAAGUCCUAACAAAAUAUUGCCCCAGCUGGAUGAGGCGUCAUCUUUUCCACAUUUGGGAAAAAAUGCGCAGGGAAGGCAAGUAGAAAGGAGGCAGCAAUGGCUUUCUCUGCUCUUCUCCCUGCUUCUCCGCUAAGAUGUGGCAGCUCCGAACUCUUUCCAUUUGGAAGAAUCCUGGAUGGACUUUGGUUUGAUUUUCUGAGGAAGACAACUUCUGAGGAGACGCCCCAGAACGGCCUGGUCUGCAGAAGGGUGGUGGGUUUGGUUUGCUUUGACUGCUGUAAAUAAAGCUCUGGUUUUAGAA